UUGGGCUCAACUGAUGCAACGAUCUAUAUUCUGAUUGCAGUGACGUUCUUUUAUGGAAUUCUGAUGUUGAAUCGAGGUGACUCAAAUCCUGGUGAAAUUGUGUUUGUUGUCUUGUCUAUGCUUUUCGGCGGCGCUACAAUAGGUCAGGCUUUCCAGCAAUACGAUCAUUUCAACUUUGCUGUUACUGCAGCGGGCGAAAUAUUCCCCACCAUUGACAGAAUUCCUCCUAUUGACAAGCAACCAUCAGAGGACAAGAUUCGUCUUUCUGCCCUGAAAUGUGAAAUCGUGUUUGAGAAAGUGUCUUUCUACUAUCCAACUCGACCGGAUGUUUUGGUGCUGGAUAACUUCAGCUGGCACAUCAAACCGGGUAAUGACCUUGCAUUAGUUGGAGCCAGUGGUUCCGGAAAGUCGACAAUUAUCCAACUUCUUCAACGACAGUACGACCCGACCUCUGGUAGAAUAACAGUAGAUGGAGUUGACCUCCGUGACCUUGACCUCUACUGGUGGAGAAGUUGUCUUGGAGUGGUGUCCCAGGAACCAGGGCUUUUCGCGGGUACUCUGGGAGAAAAUAUCUCCCUUGGGAAGCUGGACGCUACUGCAGAAGAGAUCGAGAAAGCGGCAGUCAAGGCCCAUGCACACGACUUUAUCACCAAACUUCCGGACGCCUACGACACAGUCUUUGUGACCCAGGACGGUGGAGGUGGGAUGUCAGGAGGUCAAAAGCAGAGGAUUGCGAUAGCGAGAGCACUUAUUCGAGAACCCCAGUUGCUACUAUUGGAUGAGGCGACUUCUGCGUUGGACACGAGGUCGGAGAGGGCCGUGCAAUCGGCACUGGACGAGGCGAUGAAGAACAGAACCACAGUGACUGUUGCUCAUCGUCUGACGACUGUUCGAGAUGCAGAUGUGAUCCUGGUGAUGGAGCAUGGUCGUGUUGUUGAAUCUGGGAACCACGAUGAGUUGAUGCGACUCAAUGGAGUGUACGCCAACUUGGCAAGCAAAGUACAAUUGAAGAAAAACAAUGAAGCAGAGGACUCUGACGAAGAGUCUGGAGAUGACGAUGAUGUUGAAGAGAUAAUAAAGGCAGCUCAACUUCAGCAGCAGGAGCAGGAAGGAGACGUUGAUAAAGUGCAUGAGUUGCAUUCGGAACUGGAGGGUAAAACUGUCACCUCCUCUAUUUCUGAGUCGUUGGACGAAAUGGUCGUUGGAAAGAAGUCGAAUAUCUUAAUGGAGCUUGUGCGAUUGAAUAAACCGGAGAUGUGGUAUCUGGUUAUCGGAUGCCUCACAUCGGCGUUAAUCGGUGGAAUGCAAGCGGGCUUCAUAAUUUUCUACACGGAAAUGUAUGAUGUCAGUAAUUGUAUAAUGUUUUUCGAUAAUGAUAUCUAG